CGCUCAAAAGUCAAAAAUCGUUCUUUCUUACGAAUUCAAAAAACAAAAAUUAACAAAAUGUACAAAUUGUUUGUCCUUGCUGCCCUCGUCGCUGUUGCCGCCGCUGCCCCAAGCCACUUGUAUGAGAGUCCAGUUGUGUACUCGGCACCAGCCGCUGUUGCUUACCAAGAACCCGUCUUGGCUAAAGUUGGCUCCGUGGUGAAGAGCAUUCCCACCGCAGUCUCCCAUCAAAGCCAGUCGAUCGUGCACAGCUCAGCUCAUGUUGUGGAGGAUGUGGUGGCACCCGUUGUGAAGACCAGCUAUGUCUCUGCUCCUGUCGUGAAGACCAUCCACUCUGCUCCUCUGGUGCACACCUCUUAUGCCGCUGCCGCCCCCAUCAUCAAAUCAUACGCCGCUGCUCCAGUUGUGCACAGUUAUGCUGCGCCCUUGGCCUAUGACGCUCACUACUCAUCCUGGUAAACGGACGACGAUGGAGAACCGAAAUGGACAAAAGAUUUUGUACACUGAUUUUGUGAUAACGAAUAAUAUAUUUUUUUUAGAAUAAUUAGCUUACA